CAAUCAUCAUUAUUGACUGUUCAUUCGGGUCAACAAGAUAAACCUAAAAUCGUGGGAGCUCCAAGAGUACAUCAAAAACUUACUGCAUCUUUGGCUAUGGCAGAGAGAAGAUUUUGGAAUUCUAUCUGGCCUAGUAUGAAAAAACAAUUAACAGGAAGCGUUAUUGAGAGAGACGUUCAAUCAAAUGGUAUAGCAUAUUGGGAGAUGUUUAUGGACCUAAUAACAUUUUUAUGCUUAUGUGGGUCUGAUAUUAUAAUGUUGUAUUCUCAAGAAUGGUACAUACUGUUGGAUAACCUUGAAACUGAGCAUGAAUCACCUACCACGGCGCAAUUUUACCAAAAAGUCAAACAAGUCAAAGCAAUGUUUGAUGAUCCACCAUUAAUGAUGCAGGAAGAUACUUUAUCGCAACAAUUGUUCUUAGAAGUGAGAGAAUCUAUGAGGUUGUAUUGUGAAAUUAAUACUGCUGGUAACGUAAAAUUAUUCGGUUACUAUUAG